AUGCUUCAUUUUGAAAUGAAUUAUGGACAAUAUUCAGGUUCAGGUUGUGGUACAGGAUUUAAAAAAUUAUUUCCAGUAGGACAAGGUAUUGGAUGGGUUAUGGUAUUAAGUUCAUUUUUAAUUGGAAUUUAUUAUAUAAUGAUAAUGACAUAUAUUUUAGUAUAUUUAUUUAAAAUUGUCAUUGGACAAAGUUAUCAAUAUGUUUCAUGUGACAAUUCAUGGAAUACAUUAAAUUGUGUAUCAUCUUUCAAAGAUUUAGAUUGUCUUAAAAAUAUGACAAAGAAUUCUAAUUUAAAAGCAAUUUUUUUAAAUAAUACUUGCCAUUAUGCUGAUAAUGAAAAUGAUAUUGUUAAUAUAAGAAAAAAUUAUUUUAAUAAUAUUAAUGGAUCACCAACUUCUGCAACAGAAGAAUUUUUUGAUAGAUACAUAUUACAAAGAACAAAUAAAUUUGAAGAUAUAGGUGAAUUAAACAUUAAACUUCUUGUUUCAUUAAUAAUUUGUUGGGUAAUAGUAUUUCUACUUUCUUGGAAAGGUGCUAAAAUUAUGGGAAAAGUAUCCUUAUUUACAUCAGUUUUUCCAUAUAUUGUUAUAGUAGCUUUUCUUUUUAAAGCACAUGGAUUAGAUGGUGCUUAUGAUGGAAUGAAGUAUUACAUCUUAGAACCAGAUUUUUCACGUCUUUUAGAUUACAAAACAUGGUUAACAGCAUCAACACAAUUAAUAUUUUCAUUUUCUAUUGGUAUGGGUAAUAUGCAUACAUUAGCAUCAUACAAUAAAAAAAAUCAUAAUGUACUCAUUGAUGUUGCAAUAAUUGGUGUUGCUGAUUUAUUUAUGAGUGUUGUUGGUGGUGCUGUUGUUUUUAGUAUACUUGGAUUUUUAGCAAAAAAAACUGGUAAAAUUAUUCCUGAUGUUGUAACAUCAGGAGCCACACUUGCAUUUGUUGUAUAUCCAGAAGCAACAAGUUUAAUGCAAUUUUCUGAUGUCUGGACAUUUUGUUAUUUUUUAAUGUUAUUUUUACUUGGUGUUUCUACAGAGAUAUGUUACAUAGAUUUAAUUGUAACAGCUUUUUAUGACACAUUUCAAUCUACAAGAAAACAUAGAACAAAAAUGGUCUUUAUUACAUGUUUUUUAAUGUAUCUUUGUGGAAUUAUUUUUUGUUUCAAUGGUGGAAUCUAUUAUUUCACAAUUUUUAAUGAAUAUACAACAGGAUUUAAUCUUGCUUUUAUUACAUUAAUUGAACUUUUUGCUGUAACACUUAUUUAUGGAAUUAACAAAUAUAUGAAAGAUAUUAGAUCUAUGAUUGGAGAACCAAAAAAUAAAUUUGGUGCUAUAUUUGGACCAACAGGAUAUUGGAUAAGAUUUUGUUGGCUUUAUGUUAGUCCAAUUCUUUUGAGUAUAAUAACAAUUGCACUUUUAUAUUCUUUUUUUAAUGAACACCCAUCAUAUGGACAUGGUGAUAAGGCUGUUAUUUUUCCAUCAAUAGCAAGAUAUAUAGGAUAUACUUUAACAUUUAGUACAUUAAUACCUUUAAUAGUAUUUUUCUUUGUAAAUAUGUUUAUAUAUUAUUCUUUAGGAAGAAAUUUUAAACAAUUAUUUAAACCUCUUGAAACAUGGCCAUCAUUUGGAGGAGAAGGAAAAAAGCUUGGUAGCGUAAAUGUUAAAAAAGAUAAUAAGAAAAAAAGUAGUAUAAAAUCAAAGAAAAGUAUAUCUAAAUCAAAGAAAAAUAAAUCAAAAUCAAAGAAAAGUAAAUCUAAAUCAAAAGAAAGUAUAUCUAAAUCAAAAAAAAAUAAAUCUAAGGAAAAUGAUAAAUCAAAAAGAACAAAAAAACAAUCAAAGUCAUUAGAAAUGUCUUCGAACUCAAAACCAAUUUCGAAGAAACUUUUAUCAAGUAAAUAA